AUGGCAAACGAACUUGUUCAACAAGCAUCGAGAAAGAAGAAGGCCGUGUCCGAUGGAUGCUUCAAGGCCGAGCUCAACAACUUCUUGAUGAAGGAACUCGCCGAGGAUGGAUACUCUGGAGUUGAAGUUCGACGAACCCCAAGCCGUGCCGAAGUUAUCAUCAUGGCCACCCGCACUCAAUCGGUUCUUGGAGAACGCGGACGUCGCAUUAAAGAGCUCACCUCAGUUGUUCAAAAACGUUUCGGUUUUGAGGAUGGAUCCGUUGAGCUGUACGCCGAGAAGGUCAACAACCGUGGAUUGUGUGCUGUAGCCCAGUGCGAAUCUCUCCGAUACAAGCUUGUUGGAGGACUUGCCGUUCGUCGUGCUUGCUACGGAGUUCUUCGAUUCAUCAUGGAAUCUCAAGCUCAAGGAUGCGAGGUGAUCGUCUCAGGAAAAAUUCGAGGACAGCGUGCUAAGGCUAUGAAAUUCGUUGAUGGUAACAUGAUUCACUCUGGAAAUCCAGUCAACGAUUACAUCCAAACUGCUGUCCGACACGUCAACUUGCGUCAAGGUGUGCUUGGAAUCAAAGUCAAGAUCAUGUUGCCUCAUGAUCCUCGCGGACAACUUGGACCUCGUGUUGCUCUUCCCGAUCACGUUCACAUCAAGGAUUGCCCCGAGGAGGAGAACCCAGUUGGACCACACUCCGAGCACAAGCAAGAAAAGAAAGAAUUGGUCCCACCUCCGCAAGGCGCACCACAACCAGCUUAC